AUCGGGAUGCGGUAAACUGCUGGCACCACAGAGGAAAAACCGCAGCCUGUUUUGGAAAACACAACAGUUGAUGCAGCGACGUUCCCGUUCUUCGUCUCCGUGUUACACCCCGUUAAUGCGUGCUGUGGCGCGUCAACGUCCAGCUUCUGCCGUUAGAGCCAGGCAGGAACCCAGCCUGGUUGCCAUGGAGAGCGGGUAACGGUAAAGCGGAGCAGCAUUUUGACCACGAGCUCGGAGAAGGAAACAAACAUUGUCAUGGAAUUUCCCCAGCAUCCCCAGCAGCUGCUGUCAGCUCUGCGUUCCCAGCGCCAGCGGGGCUUCCUCUGCGACUGCACCGUACAAGUGGGCUCCUCCCGUUUCCUGGCUCACCGGGCGGUGUUGGCCUCGUGCUCGCCGUUCUUUCACAUGUUCUACUCGGACUCUCCCGCGGGGAACAGCGCCAACAGCUGCGUCACGCUCGACAAUGACAUCGUCACGUCUGCCGCCUUUGGCCUGCUCCUGGACUUCGUGUACGAAGGUGUGCUGCAGCUGGACGAGUCUCCCCCUGUCGAGGACGUCCUGGCGGCGGCGAGCUUUCUGCACAUGAACGAGGUCGUGAGGGUGUGCAAGAGGCGGCUGCAGAGACGAGGGCCUCUGGCCGAGGCGGACAGCACGCGCUCCGAAGAGAGCGGCGGACCGAGGAAGGCCCCAGAGGCCGGGGCCGAGGGGGACCACGCACCCGAGCCCACGGUGGCCAUGAUUGCAGACCACUCGCAUCCAGUGACCAUAGCGACGCCACUGUCCUCGCUAUCUGGAGGGGCAGACAGGUGUCAGGUGGAGUGCGUGAAGUCUGAGCAGCGGGCAAGCGGGGGUUCGUCAAAGACGCAAACUCCUCUCAGCCCCGACCUCGCUGAUACCACCCAGCCGGGCAUGGACAUCCCUGCUUUGCCCCCGCCGGGAGAGCUGCUACAGAGCCAGGCGAACGCCUCCGCCACCGUCCGCGUAGGCGUCACCAAGAUGAGCCCUGGGGGUCAAGGCGAAGGAUCGGCUCUCUGCAGUCCCUGCAGCACCACAGAGACAUACAGCGCUAUCCAGCAGCCUUCCUCCUCAUCCUCCACCCUGGUUCCACUGAACCAGUCCGGUGGACGCUCCUUGGCCUCUCUCAACCUUUCAGAAUCCCGUCUUUCCGUCGGCGCGCACCAGGAGCAACUGAGACCGUCCGGUGACGGCCAUGCUGAGAACCUCCCAGAGCCCGAUCACAGGAACGCCCUCAGCAGAGAACCGCGGGUGGUCAGGUCGACCCAAGCGCCGGCCGUGACCAAAUCCUUUCAGACAGACUCGAGACAUCCGGCGGUGCAACGAGCGCCGAUGCAGAUCAGGAUUCAGAGCGCGGUAACGCUCCAGGGCCAGAGCUCGGACCGGCAGCGCGCUCCUCAGACGCAAACUCUGCCACGCGCCGAGGACGAAGCCGAAGCCUCGCCCGUCGCUAGAAGAAGAAGAAGAGCGGGAGCAGCAGAGGAGGAGGAGGUUUUGACAAUCAAAGAGGAGGCCAUUGUUAUCUCUGACGAAGAGCUGGAGGAGGAGAAAGAGGACGUGAGGGAGAAAGAGGACGUGAUGGACGUGGAAGAGGAGUACGAGGAGGACAUCCAGGACGAAGAGCUAAACAGUCCUCAGUUUGUUUCCGCACACUCACAGGGACUCUUACACAUAAACUCAAACGACUACUCCUUCCCCCUGUCCCCCUCGUCCUCGUCCUCCGGUGCCGGGCCCUCCUCCCAGGACACCUCGUCCUUCGCCCCCUCCCUCGCUCCUCCAUCCUCGUCCCAGCCCCACCCGGACCCUCCCGCCUACUUCCAGGAGCUGCAGGACUCCAUGGGCAACUUCGUGGAGGACGUGCCGACCUGCGGCGUCUGCGGGAAGACGUUCUCCUGCACGUACACGCUGCGGCGCCACGCCAUCGUGCACACGCGCGAACGGCCCUACGAGUGCCGCUACUGCUACCGGAGCUACACGCAGUCCGGGGACUUGUACCGCCACAUCCGCAAGGCUCACGACCAGACGCUGCCGGCCAAACGCAGCAAGGCGGACGCAGAGGGACCCCCGCUGCCGCAGCCCCCUCCUCACAGCUAGCAUGACCAGACACUUCUUUCCCAAAUACGGGAACGUUUGAAACUGUUUUGAGAGUUUUUCAUGUUGAAACGGCAACUUUCAGUUCAAGGGGUAUGAAUAAUUUUACAAUGCACUGUAAAGUCGAUGAAUAAUGAAAAAAAAAAAGUUACAAAUGGUCUAAACCUUAGAUAUAUUUGACCUCAGAAGCAGAAAGAAUAGAAAAGUUUUUUUUCAAAGCAGUAACUGAGUUUUUUUUUUUUUUUUUUUGUCCUAAAUUCGGUGAAAUCUUUUAGGUCUUUUCACCCCGUCUACAGUCUGUAUUUUCAGGUUACAAUCACCUACCUGGCUAACCUAAUGGAUUAUUAUGAGUUUCAUAUUGAGGUUAACUUUUUUUUUACUGUGUUAAAAACUA